UUCAGUUUUAUUUAGCAUGUCGUACGGGUCACAGAUGAGCUGGCAAUAGAAAUACGAUACCAAAAUUCUCAGUGUUAAUAAAAAAUUGUUGAAAAAUUUAGAGAGUUACGUGGCUCAGUGACCAAUAAACUUGUAUUCAUACUAUAGUUGCGAUACGCGUUGUCCAAAAUUUUCAGUGUUUCCGCAUAGUUUAUUCCGUAUUUGAUUGAUAUUGAAGGAUGCCGUCGUACAAGGAUAUGUCAUUAAUGCGUGCCGGCCUGCGGUUGAUGGGUCGCCAGAGUGUUCCGGAGUUAUAUCGCUGCUAUGCGACAUCCUGCAAGAGUCCCAAGGGCGUGGUGGUGGGCGUUUACGCAAAGGAUGGCGACAAGCCGCCCAAGACCACCGUGAAUGCCGUGUCCCUGGACGAUUCGCUCGGCGGCAAGCUGUUGACCCUGAUCCGUGAGCGCGGAAUGGACGGUACGCCCGGCAAGGGGCUGCUCUUCAGCGGCUUCGAGGGCGAGUACCAGGCGGUGGCCGUCGUCGGGGUGGGCAAGCAGGGAGCCUCGUACAACGAGAACGAGGAGCUGGACGAGGGCAUGGAGAAUGUCCGGGUGGCGGCGGGCACUGGAGCCCGGGCCCUGCAGCUGCAGGGUAUGUAUGAGGUCCACGUAGACGCCAUGGACUAUCCGGAGCAGGCGGCCGAGGGAGCGGCCCUGGCCGUCUGGCGGUACAACGCCAACAAGAGGAAGAAGAACCGCAUCCACACCCCCAAGCUGGACAUGUACGGCAAGGGCGAUCGCGAUGCCUGGGUGCGUGGCUUGUUCAAGGCCGAAUCCCAGAAUCUGGCCCGUCGUCUUUCGGACACGCCGGCCAACAUGAUGACGCCCUCGAUCUUCGCCCAGGCCGCCGUGGAUGCUUUGUGUCCCUGCGGUGUCUCCGUGGAGGUUCGCUCGAUGGACUGGAUCGAGGACAUGAACCUGAACUCCUUCCUGAUGAUCGCCAAGGGCUCGUGUGAGCCUCCGCUACUCUUGGAAUGCAGCUACUGCGGCACCUCGCCCGAGGAUCGUCCCGUUUUGCUUUUGGGUCAAGGACUGACCUUCCACAGCGGUGGCUUGUGUUUGAAGCCCAAGAAGGGAAUGGACAAGUAUCGAGGCGCCAUGGCUGGAGCGGCUGUUUGUGUGGGCGUCCUGCGGGCCGCCGCCGCCCUUUCGCUGCCCAUGAACAUCACCGCCGUGAUGCCGCUCUGCGAACACAUGCCCUCUGGAAUGGCGGUCAAGUGCGGCGAUGUGGUGACCCUAUUGAAUGGCACCACAAUGGGCAUCAAGAACGUGGACAAGGCGCCGGUGGUGCAGCUAGCGGAUCCGCUGCUCUACGCCCAGGCCACCUUCAAGCCCAAACUGGUCAUUGAUAUUGGAACCGUGGCUAUGGGCGUUAACUACGCGGUGGGUGGCGGAGCCAGUGGACUGUGGACCACCUCCAAGUCGGUGUGGCAGAACUUCCGGAAGUCCGGCGGCCUGACUGGCGAUCGCAUCUGGCGCUUCCCGCUGUUCAAGUACUACAAGCAGAUCGUCAACAAGAACAUCACCUACGAUCUGUGCAACACGGGCCGAGGUCCUGCCAGUUCCUGCCUGGCCGCCGCCAUCCUGCACUCGCUGGUGCCCUGCGUGGACUGGGCCCAUCUGGACAUCCGGGGCACCGGCAUGACCACCAAGAUCAACCCGAGGCCCUACCUGCUGAAGGACUGCAUGACCGGUCGUCCGACGCGCACAGUUAUCCAGUUCAUGUACCAGAUGGCCUGCACGGGUCAGUAGUGGACCAUAUGGACGAUGACUCUCCCCACUCAUUUGUGGGCCCGCGUCUUGGCCCAUGUAUUCGAUAUUUGAUUCUUUGGUACAGUGUUUGCACACACACUCAAUAUUAUCUCUGGCCUGGGAUAGCAAUACUCGUAAAUGUGCACCUUAAUAUCGUUGGCAAUAAAUUGUAUAAAUUAUGAGAAUAUUAAAUGACGGAAUGGUAUACAUUAA